AUGAUAAUCGGCUUUCGGCCGCAGAAGACGCAGGAGCCAGCGGUGCCGUUAUCGGGGUUUGCAGAUUGCUGGGGCGGUCGGCUGUGUGCUGAGGAGUUCUGCACGUGUCUCCUUGUGGCUGGCGUGCCUCCAGCCGGAGCUUUUGGAGGGGCGGGGGAGACAGCGAACGACCUGCUGCUGGCUGCCGCGCUAUUCUCCCUCUGCGUUACCCCGAAGGCUCCUGGUUAUUUUGUUGAAAGAAGCAGCAGGCCGUACUCGCGUGGAAGCUCACGCGGUGUGUCUUCUGGGUCCGGACGGGCUGCGGGAAAUGUGAACGAGGCGGCGUUCGAGGAAGGGACUGCAACAGGCCCGCACCGGAGUGGCGGGAGCUUUCAGAGGUCUAGCGCUUCUGCUGCAGCGAAGCUGAUCCAUACUGGGGAUAGGAGCACCCCCGUGAUACGGGCGGAUACAUCGAAGAGCCCGAGGAGAGCCGUGCGACACCGCGCGUUGGUGCUGGCUGUCGUGGUGGCCAUUGCGGUGGUCGUGCGCGGCGUGCAUAUUGGGCUCUCAAGCAGGAAAUGGAAAGGUAAUGCGGCCCUUUCAAAGCGCCUGAAGGUGUGGAUGGAGUUGAUAGAGGUAGAGAAGGAUAAGCUAGCUGAGCUCAAGACUUCUUUGUCGGAGCAACAGAGUGCCAACGAUCAGAAGGAAGGGCUCCUACAGAGCCAGCGACUGCACAUCGAGCAGCAAGAAAAGCUGCUCCGCGAUGAAGAAGAAGAACUGAUGGAAAAGGAAAACAAGAUGCAACUGCUCAGAAACAGCCUGGAGAAGAUUGAGAGAGAGGCCAAACGAACGCCAAGUAUGCUCUUCGGGCGCGAAAAACAAUUCUUAUUCAUGAGAGAACCAGCAGGAAGCCAAGCAGCGAAGAAGUUUCGCCCCAUGGCCCGGGAUGCCGACAUCAUGCAGCGGAUUGAUGAGGAGUUCGGUGCUUUCGACGACAAGCCCUGUAAAAGGACCUCGAAAGAAGGCAGUCUGUUUCUUGACGACCACAUGGAGCUGAAGACGAUGCAGGCUGCAAGUGCAGUGCUGAAAGCGCUUCCAAAGAGACCCUCAACACCUGAAGAGGCGAAAGAUAUCGUCCGGGCGCGCCGCAUGCUGCUGGAGGCGGUUGUGCGGUGUCAGGCAGCGACUUGGGCCGCCAUCACCCGAUUGCUGCAAGUGAAAGGCGAAUGGCUAACGGAGAUUGUCCUGGAGCAGUCCGGCAAAGAGGGGAUCGAUCGCCUACGCGCCGCGGAGGAGGAAGAGUGGCGCAUGCAGAAACAGCAGCAGGAUCGCGCCAGACAGGAGUUGAAAGAGCUCGACGAAAGUAUACAGCUCUGCAUACAGAAGCAGGAGGAUCUGCAGCAACGCAUUGCCUCCAGCGAAACUCUGGGGAGGGAAGCGUUGAACGAGCUGGAGAGACAGAGAUUCCAGUGGGAGAACUACGAGAUCACUGUGCGAGCUCAGAGAGCCCUUAUCAUGUCUACAGAAGCUGUGGCAUUUACCACUCGUGAAGCGUUUUUGAAAAAAAAGGCAGAAAGACUGGAGCGCGCCUUCGACAGGCAAGCCGAAAGGAGACGACGGCUGCCGAACGACAGCCUUCGCCUCACCGAGUUGGACACGGCGUUGAUGGCGAUCAGUGGUGAGCUGGAUGAGCUCAAGAGUGUUUACGACAUGGCAAGAGACCUCAAAGAUGCAGACGAAUUCGUACUUCCUCCGGGCGCGACGGUGCCAGUGAUGAAAGGUGACCUGGACGUCGAACGCAUUGCGCCUUCUGAAUUUGAAGAGAGACGCCGCACUUGUUUGUACAGCAGGCCGAUCAUCUCUGUUUCGGCGGCGGAAGAAAAACCCGGUUCUUCCCGCUUUCAGAAGCACAGACGAUCCCCCGAUCCCCCUCAAUUUAGGCGGGGAGAGCAAAGAGGGCUUUCCAUACUGGCACCAGAAGGUCAUGACAGUCAACAAGUGAAAAUGAGGAAGAAAGGUCCUCCACCUCAAAAGAGCAGCGCUGCUUCUAGCGGUGAUGGCGCCCACCGCGAGGAGUCCGAGUAUGAAUCGGUUUCGACUUCGUCGGACAGGCGCUGGACAUGCAGUGACAUCGUGGGUGGCGAUUAUAGAGUCACCGAGAAGGGUUUUCUUCGUGUUCGCCACCGUUCUGUUCACCUUAUUGUUCCUGUUGACGACGCAGGUGAAUUUGAAUUCGCUUCAAACUUGGGGAGCAUGGAUUUUUCUUCCGAUGGUGUUGACGGACUGUCUGAAGAUGAGGAGAUGGCAGAGGAGCACGAAGACAGGGCUGGUGAUGUGGUCGAGGAGCACGGACGCCGUGGUGGAGCUGCGGUCGACAAGGGCAGACGCAGGGCUGAGGAUGUUGUUGAGGAGCAUGGACGCCGGCCGCAGCCGGCUGCGCACACCCACCAAACGCCCAGCGCAUCGAAAAGCGCAGCUCCGGCGGACACGGGGCACGAAACUGUAUUUGCGACUCUCGUGAAUUUUUCUGAAAGCGAGGGAGAUGACUCUGAUUCUGAAUCAGAAGAGGCUCCUCCUUUGCCACCUCGCCCACCUCACCUACCGGUGCGGGAACCGCAGCAUCCAGCUGGCGCCGUCGCGCCCAAAGAUGGGGAACCUCAACGCGUUGCGCCCUUGGCGACCGACGAGGAUUCUGCUGGCACCGAAGGACCAGGUCCAGCUGAGGAUGUGGUCGAAGAACACGGGCGCUUCCCCAUAUUAGGGGGUCCGGAUGCACCGAGGAUGCCGCUGCCGUUGGCUGUGUACCGUCCUGAUGAGUCGACCGACGAGGCUUCGAAAGACAGCACUGGAAAUGUGGGAGGCUUGACUGGUGACGAUAUACCGUUCGCAGAUGACGAUGACUCUGAUGAAAACGGGAAUCCCACUUCUGCAAGUCCCCCUCCGGUACCCACACAAGAAUCGCGGCUUCCAGAUGAGGCCACUGCGCCCAAAGAUGAAGGGGAACCUCAAAGCGUUGUGCCCUUGGCGACCGACGAGGAUUCUUCUGGCGCCGAAGGACCGCGUCCAGCUGAGGAUGUGAUCGAAGAACACGGGCGCUUCCCCAUAUCAGGGAGUCCGGAUGCACCGAGGAUGCCGCUGCCGUUGGCUGUGUACCACCCUGAUGAGUCGACCGACGAGGCUUCGAAAGACAGCACUGGAAAUGUGGGAGGCUCGACUGGUGACGAUAUACCGUUCGCAGAUGACGAUGAUUCUGAUGAAAACGGGAAUCCCACUUCUGCAAGUCCCCCUCCGGUACCCACACAAGAACCGCAGCUUCCAGCUGAGGGCACUGCGCCCAAAGAUGAAGACCCCAGCAAAGACGGAUGA